UCUUGCGAUUCGCUAAAAUUUCUUUGGCUCUGUUCAUGGACUCUGUCUGAUUCCAGAAAAACUUCGUGGUUGAAGGGAUGAAAGUGAAAAUACCUAAUAAUUUAAUUAAGAAUAGUGUAGUUUAAAUUGGGCGUGGUUGAAAUGGAAGUGUUCCAGACUGAUAAUUAUUACAUUUUCGUGAAACGCGAGAAGAGUUUGUGGUGGCAUCGCAAGACGUCCGAAUUUACAAUCAAAGCAGGUUGGGACCUCUCUUCUGUGGAUGAUAUUGAAUGCAUUGGUAUUUCACAUGGCAUUGUGGGCGUUAUUACUUUGCCAAAUGUAUACGAACCGCAUUUGGUGAUAGUGAAGGAAGCUACACCCGUUGGCGUUCUUCAUGCACCCAGUCUUGUGUAUAAAAUCAAAUCGAUUUGCAUAUUAAGUGCUGAUGAACCAGACACAGUAUUAACUUCCUGCACCCGGCACUCGAGAAGCGCCAACAGCACACCCACACAUUCACCCUCGUCGAAUGCUUCUACUACAAGCAGCACCGGCAACACCCCUGUCGCCAAGACAAAACUUUUUGAGGGUGCUCAACUAAUGAAUAAAACUUGGGGUGCUGUCAAAAUUGCCGGCAGCACUAUUAAGAAUACCACCCAGCAAGCAGCCGCGUUGGCUUCCAAUCAAAUGAAGUCUUCUGUGGGCAUACGUGAUCCGUUGCGCAUUGCGAAGCGCAUUACAGAGGAGCUGCAUAAGAUUUUUGAUGAAACGGAUAGUUUUUACUUUAGUUUCGACAGCGACAUCACCAACAAUUUGCAGCGACAGAGUGGUGCUGGCGACCAAAAGCGGCAAUACGAUGAGCGUUUCUUUUGGAAUAUGCAUAUGAUUGCCGAUAUUUUGAAACUUAAAGACAAUACGUGGGUAUUGCCGAUUAUACAAGGAUUCGUGCAGGUCGAACCUUGCGUGAUAGGUAAUGAAUGCUUAACAUUGGCGCUAGUGUCGCGCCGGUCACGAUAUCGCGCGGGUACGAGAUAUAAGCGAAGGGGCGUUGAUGAACAGGGGGACUGCGCUAAUUACGUUGAAACGGAGCAAAUAUUGUCAUUUCGUCAUCAUCACUUGAGUUUUACGCAAAUUCGCGGUUCGGUACCAGUCUAUUGGAGUCAACCCGGCUAUAAAUACAGGCCACCACCACGCCUGGACAGGGGCGAGCAAGAAACGCAGGAGGCAUUCGAACUACAUUUUACCAAAGAAAUAUCGCUAUACGAUGGUGUUUGUAUUGUCAAUUUGGUCGAGCAAAGCGGCAAGGAGAAACUUAUUGGUGAUGCUUACGCAAGACAUGUGAUAAAAUACAAUAAUGAUCGCUUAAUAUAUGUUACUUUCGAUUUCCAUGAUUACUGUCGCGGUAUGCGUUUUGAAAAUGUUUCCGCACUUGUUGAAGCGCUUGCACCCGAAGCAGGCGCUAUGGGCUUUCAUUGGCGUGAUCAGCGUGGUGUUAUAUGUAAUCAAAAAUCAGUAUUUCGUGUUAAUUGUAUGGACUGCUUGGAUCGCACAAAUGUCGUAGAGACAGCAAUAGGCAAGGCUGUGCUGGAAUCACAGCUAGUUAAAUUGGGUUUAUCACCACCAUACUCACCCAUUCCAGAGCAAUUGAAAUCGCCGUUUAUGAUAUUGUGGGCAAACAAUGGCGAUAUAAUUAGUCGACAGUAUGCGGGCACAAAUGCGCUGAAGGGCGAUUAUACGCGAACCGGUGAACGCAAGAUAAGCGGUAUGAUGAAAGACGGCAUGAAUUCAGCAAAUCGUUUCCUCAUACAAAAUUUCGCUGAUUCCUUCCGGCAAUGCAUAAUUGAUUUAAUGCAAGGCAAGCUGGUCGAGGCCAAUCAAUUGAAAGAGGAUGAAGUUAUGAAGACAAUACUACACAUUCUCUGCCCGUCUACACCGGCGCCUACACGCGGUUACUAUCACGCCGGUGUGCUCGGUCCGGAAUUACAUUUUCUGGAAAAUAUCGUAAACGCAAGUUAUUAUCUCGCGCGUUUUAAAGAUUCUUAUCGUCAAGCCACCAUCGAUCUAAUGCUCGGAAAUCAAGUUUCUGCAGAGUCACUGAACGCGUUGGGCGGACAGGCGGCACCCGAUGAAACAGAUGCAUUGGAAAGUGCCGAACAAGCCAAGCUGUUGGUGGAGGAUUGUCGGCGCUUGCUGCUAGGUUCAGCACAAUAUCCAGUGGGCUCAUGGGGCCUCAUCGAUGCCGAUCCGACUACGGGUGAUCUUAAUGAAACCGACGUUGACACGGUUCUGCUGCUCACAGACGAUUGCUACAUUGUUGCCGAAUAUGACUCACAUUUGGAUAAAAUUGUACGUUUCGAAAAGGUUCAGUUGCAAAAUAUUACGCUGAUCGAGUUAGGCAUGUAUCAGCAGACCAAAUUGUUUCAAGGCUCAGCGCCAGCACUGCUCUGCUUGCGCCUGAACUACAGUGUGGAAGGUGUGGACGGCUAUUUCCAUAUGUUUCGUUCGGCCAACAUACGCUUUUUCAAUAAUAUGGUUUAUGUGAUCAAGACACAGGAGGAAGUUAUGG